AUGGGCAUUACCCCUGACAUGAAGCUAACACUCAGUGUGCUUAACGAUGCUCCCACAAUAAGAAAUGCUAUGGGGGAAACCACGCUUUGUUUGAGAGAUCUAGGGAUUCCUCAAAUAGAAAACCUUUCACAUCUACAGAUCCAAUAUAGAGCACUUGAUAUUACCGGUAAUGAUCUUAUUGACCUUGACAACAUACCGCCACUAGAGCACCUUGAGACACUAUUGGCUGCAGAGAACAGCAUUAUGAAGAUUCUGCAAUCGUUUGCCAUUUUGCAAAACUUGAAGCAUCUUUCACUAAUGAACAAUAAAAUAAGAAAACUUGAAAGCUUACAACAACUUAAAGAAGCCACCAGUCUAACUGAUCUUGUUCUUACAGGGAAUGAGGUAACUUCUUUAGAGAAUUAUCGACCGUACGUGAUUUUCUUAGUUCCUUCUUUAAAAGUGUUGGACUUCAAGCGAGUCACUAUGAAGGAACGCCAAUUGGCACAGCAACUCUUUGGAGAAGUUAAGAACAGGUCUGCUAAUGAGAAGAGUUGA